GUCCACAAGGUGUACGUGGCUCUUCUGGAGAACCAGGUGUCGACGGUGAAACCGGUGAGAGUGGUCUUGCCGGUCAUCCAGGUGCUGAAGGAAGUGAAGGCUCCCCAGGGCUAUCGGGACAACGUGGCCGUCGAGGUCGAAAGGGACGCAAGAUGAACGGUCUUCGCUACUGCAAAUGCCCAAAACGAAUGGAGGAGCUACGGCAGUUAUGUGCUGAUGCCGAAAAAGAAGGCGAAAAUCGAUCAGGAAUACCCGAAAAACUUCGAAAUUCGGUGAACGUAUCAGCCUUCU